AUGUUUCCACUAGGUCUUUUAGUUGCAAUAAUUAUUGCAGCCGGGUUGCUGGCUGGAUUUAAGCAUUAUGGCGCCUCAAAGUCUAGAACUGCUUCCUUCAAGAUUAAGUCUCGGGUGAUUGAGAAGGUUACAUCUGCAAGGUCACUUGGGAUGACUCUAGAAGAUGUGAUGAGGAGGCAUCCAUUGUUCAACUUCUACCCAGGACAGUCGAUCGGGGAAAUCUUGGAGAACUGGAGUAGAGUAACAUAUAAAAAUGGAGAGGCGAUAACAGUUCCAGGGUUUAUAUUGCAGGGAUCUGUAGAAAUAUGGUAUAAAGAUCGACUUGUUUGUAUAAAAGAAAGGGGAUCUUUUCUCAAUGGGUCUAUGGAAUUAUUAGGAUACAGAACAAUAGGAACUAAAAGGGCAAAGGGCUUUGUUGAAGUUCUUUUGGUUGACUUAUCCUUAACCAGAAGUAAUAGCUGGUAUAUUUUGUUUUCCAUGCUUAGAAAAUCAUGCAUCGAAGUGGCCUGCAAGUAUUUUGAAUUAGAAGCCAAGCUAGUAGAAAAAGAAACCAUGAAGCUCAAAAGCGACGGGAAGAAUCAUCUAAAUCUGUUUUUGACCUUUUUAAAUGACAAGUUUUUAUCAUGCCAGGAUGAAGGAAAAGAGAUACUUAAGAAAGGCAUUGAGACUCGGUUUGCUAGUAAGGAUGAGGUUCUUAAGGGUAAUGAAGAAUCCAUGGAUUAUAUACUAUAUGUAGUUUCGGGAGAGAUUUUGGUGAUGGCUGGAGAAAAUGCCUUUAGCUUCGGAAGUGGAUCGAUAUUUGGAUAUUUUUCUUUAUUCUUUGAUUCGUAUUCAUCUGUUACGAUUCAGGCACGAGAGGAUUCUUCGAUUCUUAUAUGCAGCUCAUCGGUCUUAUUUAAACUCGGAUUGGAUGAGAAGAAGUUUGAUCACUCCAUGCUGCAAGACAUUGAUGAACCCUUGCAUGUUAUAGACGAAUCGGUUGAGUGGAUAAGGCUUUCUCCUGGGGGAAUGGUUGUUCAGAAGGGAGCCGCUUCAAAGGAGAUCUUUUAUAUUGCAGCGGGAAGAGUGAAAUCAGCAUCCAAAGAGCUUUCGUCAGGAACGGCAAUUGGAGGCAAGGAAUGUAUUUUUGGAGAAAAUUGGCCUGAAUCGUUUAUAGCAACUCGAAUAACCGAUGUUGUUCAGAUUCCAUCCCUUCUGGUGGAUUACUUUUUUGAGAAUGACAAAAGCUUUUUCAAGAAGUAUACCAAACGGUUGUUCGAAAGUGGAAACAAGAAAAAUGGAAAGAUAGUUAGUAUAAUUCCGAUUGGGCAAUACAAGGACAUAGAGUCGUUUUCAAGAAGGCUCAAGGGUGCGAUUGGGGCUUCUUCACUGCUUCUAAACCGUAAGGAUGUUGUUGAUAUUUUGGCAAGAAGAUCAUUUGAUACCACCGAGGAAAUUGGAUUCAUGGACUACCUUACAAAGAUGUCUAAGCAUUACGAGAUCAUUCUUAUUUAUGUGGAAAAUGAAUACUCUAGGCUUCUAAGGUACUUGCUAAACUUUUCAGAUGUUUUAUUGACGGUCGGAACGGCCUUUGCUGAUAUUCCUGAGUAUAAUGUUUAUUGCAGAAUUGAGUUUGUUAAAAUUUAUGAAGAGAGGAGAGCUUUAGGCGAAAAGACCAUGAAGAGGCGAAGGAGGAUCAACUAUGGAUUUAGGAGAACUACGGCCAAAAAAGAAACUUUGGGGCAAUAUGACAGAAUCCAUCAUGUCUUGUUUCCUUCGAAAACCAUUCUUUUCUGCUCUAAAGACUUCCAAAGGCUUGCAAGAUCAUUGCUAGGGAAGAGAAUAGGGCUUGUUUUAGGUGGAGGAGGUGCUAGAGGAUUGGCCCAUAUAGGAGUUAUCCAAGCUUUGGAGGAAGAAGGGAUUCCGAUAGAUUGCAUUGGAGGUACCAGCAUGGGGGCAUUUAUCGGAGCCUUGUAUGCGAAAGAAUGCAAUAACUAUUAUGUGUUCAAGCAAGCAAAGAAGUUUUCUAGGAAGAUGUCAAAUAUAUGGCUUCUUCUGUUGGACUUAACUUAUCCUAUUUGCUCUAUGUUUUCUGGCAACGCAUUUAAUAGGUCAUUGCAUUCUGUGUUUGGGGAUGGGCUGAUCCAAGACUUAUGGUUAGAGUACUUCUGUAUAACUACCAAUAUAUCUAAUUAUGAAGAAGAAGUGCACAGAAAUGGAAUGGUUUGGAGAUAUGUACGUGCCAGUAUGGGUCUCUGUGGAUAUUUGCCUCCAAUAUGCGAUAACAAGAGGCUACUGGUUGAUGGAGGAUAUUUGAACAAUGUUCCUGCUGAUGUAAUGAUGAGAAUGCAGGUUGAAAAAAUCAUUACUGUGGAUGUUGGAACAGUCUUGGAGAACGAUUACUUUGAUUAUGGUGAUGCUCUUAGUGGAUUCACUAUCCUGUUCAAUAAGUUCUUUGGCAACAAGAAGUUUGUGACCAUGGAAGAGAUUCAAUACAGAUUGGCAUAUAUCUCUACAGAACGGAAGAUGAAGGAAAUCCAGGCAAAUAGCAACAUAGUCAUGCUGAGGCCCGAUCUUGGAAAAUAUAGAACAAUGGACUUCAAGAAGUUUGACGAAAUCGUUGCAUGUGGCUAUCAGUCCACAAAAGAUGCAAUUUUGAAAUGGAAGCAAGAGGGGAUCUUCGAUACCUUCUUUAAUCUGAAAAAGCAAGCACCGAAAAGGAGAUAUUCCGUGUGA